CCGCCGCUGCUUCCCUCCCGCGCUCCCCGACGCUUCGCCGCAGCGAAAGGCCGGCGAGGAGACAGCGAAGGGGCCGCGCGCGCGCGGGCGGAAGGAGCAAGCGAGAAUGUCGCCGAUGCUGGCGACGCGGCCGGACUUCACGGCCGUGCUGCUCUCCCCGUCGCCCUCCCCGCCGUCCGGCCUCCGCGUGCGGCCCUUGCCGGCGCCGGCGCCGGCGGGGGUGGCGAGGGCGCGCUUUCUCGCUCCUCGGGCGGCGGCUUCGGCGACCGCUACCGUCUCCGCGAAGCCGACAGCGGUGUCGCCGCUGUCCGCGGACCGCACCGUCGUCCGUAUCGGGCUCCCCAGCAAGGGCCGGAUGUCCGAGCAAACCCUAAGCCUCCUCAAGAGCUGCCAAUUGUCAGUGCGCCAUCUCAACCCGCGGCAGUACACUGCAGAUAUCCCGCAGGUCCCAAAUUUGGAGGUUUGGUUUCAGAGGCCCAAAGAUAUUGUUCGUAAACUGCAAUCUGGGGAUCUUGACCUUGGCAUUGUGGGUUUUGACAUAGUCAGUGAAUAUGGGCAGGGUAGUGAUGAUUUAGUAGUUGUUCAUGAUGCUCUCGAGUUUGGACAUUGUCGUUUGUCCCUUGCGGUUCCUAAAGAAGGCAUUUUUGAGAAUAUAAAUACUCUGGAGGAGUUGGCAAAUAUGCCUGAAUGGACACAAGAGAGGCCAAUGCGUGUAGUUACAGGAUUCGGAUAUCUAGGGGAAAAGUUUUUGAGAGAAAGUGGGUUCAAUCAUGUUUCAUUCUUAGCUGGAGAUGGAGCUCUUGAAUCAUAUCCUGCUAUGGGUAUGGCUGAUGUUAUAGUGGAUCUUGUGAGUAGUGGAACAACCUUGCGUGAGAAUAAUUUGAAGGAAAUUGAUGGUGGAGUAGUUUUGGAAAGCCAGGCCACACUUGUCGCAUGCAGGCGAUCGCUGCACAAACGUAAUGGUGUUUUGGAGAUUACACAUGAGAUGCUUGAAAGAUUAGAGGCUCACCUCACAGCAACUGGGGAGCUAAUGGUCACAGCAAACAUGAGGGGGAACAGUGCGGAAGAAGUGGCAGAAAGAGUUCUCAGUCAAACAUCAUUAUGUGGAUUACAGGGCCCAACUAUAAGUCCAGUCUACUGCUCACGUGAUGGCAAGGUUGCUGUGGAAUACUAUGCCAUUAAUGUAGUAGUUCCACAGAAGUCGCUUUACAAGUCCAUUCAACAGCUGAGAUCUAUUGGUGGCAGCGGAGUCUUGGUGACAAAGCUGACCUACAUAUUUGAUGAGGAGACUCCUAGGUGGCGCAAACUACUUUCAGAACUAGGGUUGUGACUUGGUGCAUGGUCUGCCAUACUUCUCUUUCAAUGACCCUUGUAGCAUCAGUUUACUUGUGCUCGCUGAAGCAUAUCUACAACCAUUGUCAGAACUCAGAAGUGAGCUCUUGUGUGAAGUGUCCGCCGUACACUACUUGAGGAAUUUUGGUCUGUACCGUCGUACAAUGUGCUCGUCUGGCUAUACCCUUGACAAGCAUGGGUUGUAAUACCCUUUAUGUACCUGUUGAUCUGUUGAUAUAAUUGUGGAACCUUGUUGGAUGGGGGUUUGUGUGCGUGUGUAUGAACCGUACCUUUUCUUGCGUGACGCUGAAUAAUUUGGGCUUGCUGCAAUAAAGAUGGAUUGUAUAAUCCUCCCCAUAACAA